AUGUCGGAAACGGACAUUGGCUUCAUCGCGGCGUUGGAGGAGGCAAAGCAAGGCUAUGCGGAGGGCGGCGUUCCGAUCGGUUUGAUAUGCUCCCGAUCCAUGAGCAUGUCUAGCGCGUGCAUUCUGUACAAAGUCGCGCGGGUGGUCAUCGCCGAGAACAAGACGUUUGUGGGAGGCGAGGAGCAUUUGAAAUCGAAGGGGAUUGAGGUUGUGGUCUUGGAUAAUGCCGAGUGCAAGGAGCUCAUGAGGAAGUUUAUCGAGGAGAAACCUCAUAUCUGGAACGAAGAUAUUGGUGAGCCGUGA